GAUCAGAGAAAGGCCACAAAAGUUCAGCGGAAUUCAGUGAAUACAAUACAAUUAUUGAGCUUGAGCCGGUGAACAUCUAGCGGAUAUCACGGUUUGCAGAACGCAUCAGUAGAUACAUCACAUAUAUAGAACUAUAUCAUCAUGGGCAAGGCGGAUUGCAUUAGUUACGAUGAGCAGAAGGCCUACAUUGAUCUGGGCUCGGCUCAGAUCCGUAUGGACAAGGAUCAGGCCCCAGAAUGGGCUUUGAAGAAGGCACAGGACGAGCUGCGUGAGGUGCCCGGUGUCAAGGAGCAGGCAAUCAAGGAGCUCAAGGAACUUAUACAAAAUGAAAAGUACCUGAACCUGCCGCUGGAUGAUGAGUACAUGAUGAUGUUCCUGCGUCCUUGCCAUUACUAUCCAGAGAGUGCUUUGAAAAGGCUCAAGAACUUUUAUCACAUGAAACUUAAAUAUGGAAAUGCUUGCGAGAAUAUAAUUCCCGGCAAAUUGCGUAAUGUUUUCGAGGCAAAUAUUCUGAAUUUGCUGCCCCAAAGAGAUCAACAUGGUCGCCGACUUUUGGUGCUAGAAGCAGGCAAAAAAUGGAAGCCUUCCCAAGUGCCGCUGGUGGAUCUAUUCCGUGGAUUCAGUGACUGUUUGGGUUCCAUGGUGGAGCCGUAUUCACAAAUCUGCGGAGCUGUGGUUAUUAUCGAUAUGGAAGGUCUGCCACUUAGCCACAUUACACAAUUUACACCAUCAUUUGCCGCCAUGCUGCUGGAUUACAUUCAGGAAUGUAUAUGCAUGCGUCUGAAGGCGGUUCACAUUGUGAAUAACUCGUAUAUAUUCAAUAUGCUCUUUGCCAUAUUCAAGCCAUUCAUUCGUGAAAAGCUGCGCAAAGGGUGAAUCUUCUUCCAUGGUAAGGACUUCAAGUCCCUGAUCUCUCACAUUGAGGCCAGUGCCUUGCCGCCGAAAUAUGGUGGCUCUGCCACCUGGGAAUUGCCACCUGGCAAAGUUCUUGGUGAAUUCUUUGAAUGCUAUUCCAAGGACUAUGAAAUGGCUGACAGCUACGGCUAUACCGAGGGCUAUAAAAUGAAGAAGUAAUAGUACAAAAAUUACUAUUUACUGUACCUCCC